AGAACUCGCUGGCUCGACUACGGUUAAAUUAAAUAACGGAUAUCUCCGACAUAUGUAUAUUUGUGUGUUGCUUUCAACAUGUUUUUAGAAACAUUUGUCUUUAUUUGAGUGUUGCGCAGCAUGUUCUUAGCAACAUUUGCAUUGAUUGUUCAACAAUUUUUUUGCCUUCCCUUUGUAGCUAAUUUUUUUUAAUACAUUCAAGAUUAAUUAAACAAAGUCUUUUUAAUUUUACUCAUUAUUGAUUUGGUAGUAAGAUCUUAAAGUCGUUAGAUUCCCUUCUUGUUUCUUCUCAUCCAAUGCAACAUUUUCUCUAUGUAAGAAUUAUUUAAGGAAUAUCCAUAAAACAUAUUACUUGUAGUACUGUUCUUACCAUUAUUAAGACUUUCUUACUAGAAUAUUAAACACUUUUACUGACUAAAUAUAAUAUAUAAUUUGGGGUUUACAAGUGCCCAGGAAUAUGCUCAAAGGUGUGUAAUCCCACUUUGCACUUAAUGAUUUAUGAUUCAUCACAUUUUAAUGCCAUUUCUAGAGAACCUUACUUAUUCAGAACAAUUUGUUCAAAUCAUCAUCAUACUUAGCUGUAAUUGUUGGUAUAUUCAAUAUAAAUAAUAAUUUGAUUAACUUUUAAUCUGAUUAAAAAGAUUCAAGAUAAUGUAAAUUCAGGAUAGUCGGAAGUCCGAAAUGAAUUUUUCAAUGCCAAAAAAAGUUAAUAGUCAUUUUCGGUUGGUGAUCUGAUAACAAGGUCGGGCAUUAUCUGACUGCGUAAGCUGCAUAUAACCGUUUUACGAGCACUUACGCUUGGUUCCGAUUAAGAUGCAGUCACUGAUCGCCUAGGACUUCCCCGACUGACAUUGAGGAAGUGAAACCAGAAACCAGAUCCAAAUCCCAAGCCACCUUACAGGAAGGAAGCCAUCGGCUCAAGUCAGUGACAAGUGUUUGUUUGCGCCCAACAUGGCAAUUGUUUAUGCAAGAAUUUGCUAAUACAUCGCCUCAGAUGGCGCACCUACGUCAUUACCUCAUGUCGCUGGAGUCGCUAAUUAGAAUUUAAAUACGUACGACACCAAGUCCAGCCGUGCUAGUAGAGCCAAAUCAUUCACCACGCAAUUAGAGUCAAGAUCAGGUGCGAUACAUGCGCUGACUCACGACCGAUCGGCCGGCAUAACGGGCUGCUGCUGCUGCUGAUGCGGUGUGAAUGACUUGGCGCGGGCAGCGUGUCAGUAAAUAUCGAGAAAACAAAGUGAUCAUAAAAAGCCAUAUCAUACAAUGAGACUGCGCGAGAUCUACGUGAGCGGCAACGCAAUUCUCCGGCGUUUCGGUGGAUUUUUGCUGCGGUGCCAAAACCUGAUUGAUAAGCCAGCCUCUGAGAACGGCAAGAACCGAUCAGUCGCCUGCCAUAUCCAUAUAAAUAGGCCGGUCGCUGGCUGUAGUGCAGUUCAGUACACUCGCAGCACUCUUCUUCACAAGCCAUGUCAGUCCAAGGAUUCCUGAUCAACCUGCUGGUUGGCCUGCUUCUGCUCCUGGCCACCGUCUCCGGCUCACCUGCCCGUGGAUAUUACCCAUCGCCGCCGCGCGGUGGACGCAGCUACACUGACAUUGCCCGAGUGGUGAAUCCCAAUCAAUACGCCUUCGUUGGAUCCCGAAACUAUCCGGGUCAGCCUUUCUGGCCGGCAGGAAAACGUUAACA